UUUUUUAGAAAUUAUCUAUUACUGAUAGUAUUUGAUUUUUCGAAUUGUAAAAUUAUUGAAAAGGUGUGUUAUAAAUAUACUUUACUUGAUUACUUCUUUUCUUAAAAGCUGUCAACAACAAUGGGUAGAAAUUCUAAAUCACGAGAACGUUCUAAAGGCUUGGGUUCACAUUCAAUAAUAAGCAUUCAGAAAAGGGAAAAUUUCAAAAAGAAAACCAGGAAAUCAAGGAGGAAAAUUAAGAAACUGUUCGAAGAACUUCGUAACGAAUCAUCUACUUCCGUUAGUUCGUCAAACUGUACUGUAAUAGAAGUUGAUACUAAUAGUCCUGAAGUAUUGAGUACAAAUACUGAUAUUCAUAACAAACCAAUAAGUCAGAAAGGCAAUCCUAUCAUUAUAGGUGAUGAUGAUCUAGUUAUUAAUAAUGAACCGUGCCCCUUACAAUGUUCUACGCCUCUGUCACAUAGUAAACAUAUAAUAAAAAACAAUAAUAAAACCAGUGAAUCUGGAUUAAAUAAUAAUUCAUUACAAAGUUUCAAAGCAGAUGUAGAAAAUUUAACCAAAGAAAUUAAUAGAGAUUCCUAUUUAACGAUAGACCUCACUACUGAUAGUCUACAGAAUACGAGUGGCCAGUCACACUGCAAUACAGUCAUAGAUUUAGUUAAUGUAUCUGAUAUACAAGAUUGUACAGUUGUUAACGAUAGCCUUUCCAUGAGCGGUGACUCAGAUGUAACAGUGCUAAAUACAAAGAGAAAGAAUACAAGACUUAAUAAUAAACAAAUGCAAAAAUUUGCAAACGGAAUUGCAAAUUUAGAUUCCUCGGAAAGAGGGAAGCUUCUAGAAUAUAUUGCAAAGAAAAUUUUUAAUGAAUCCAAGGGACCCGACAGUUCAACAAACAGCCUGCAUAGUGUAAAGAAUGGUGUAAAUCGUGCGACAGAAACAGCAGAAGAUACGUAUAUCAAAGAAGUGAUCCUCGGCCAGGCCAGUUCUAGAAAUAGCAUAGGCAGUAACAUAUAUAAUCCAGAGAGAGAUAUUAAAAAUAAAACAGGCUUAAGAAUGAUUGUUAUUGAUGGGAGUAAUGUUGCAAUGCAGCAUACAAAGGGAAGAAUCUUCUCAGUCAAAGGUCUAAAAAUAUGUAUAGACUACUUCCUUCGACGUGGUCAUGUGGUUAAAGCAUUUGUGCCCCAAUUUAGGUGUAAAUAUGGCAAGAGUACAGACGGCAAACUACUUGAUCAACUGGAAAGACAAGGUUUAGUAGUGUACACACCGUCGAGGGAAAUACAGGGAAAGAUGAUCACCUCAUAUGAUGACAGGUACAUUGUACAGUGUGCAGCAGAAUUCGACGGAGUCAUUGUAUCCGGUGAUAACUACAGGGACCUAUUGACAGAGAAUCCAAGAUGGCGGCACGUUAUUGAAUACAGAUUAUUACAAUUCACAUGGGUCGGUGAUAUGAUAAUGUUCCCGAGAGACCCAUUAGGAAGAAGCGGACCUACGUUGGAACAAUUCCUAAAACACCAGUAUCCUUCAGUGCUAUGAAGCCGAAAACUUUAAAAUUGUUGCAUUAAUUAUUAUAUAUGUACCUAUCAACAAUAAUAGUAUAUAUUUUCGACAUUGUUGUAAAGUAUGCGUAUACAAAUAUGUAAAUAUAAUAUAAAAUUUGUAUUAAUAUAAUGUAUAA